UAUUAUAGAGAAAGUCUAAUUGUUUAAAAUUAUCAUUAAAUAAGAAGAGUUUGUCUUCUUAUAUUUUAUACUCUUAUAUAUAUUUGUAUGUCUUGUGAAUGUCUUGUAUGGGAUCACUCAGAAAACACUUUUUGACUGCUGCUUUGUAAUUUUCUCAGUUAGCCAUGAGGUAAAUUUUGAACAGCAGUUUACUCAGAAGAUCAGAUCAGAUACAGAUUCUGUCCUUGCUACCAUUGUUGUAAAAUUUGUUUAAUGCUUCUUUUGCACUAUUGGCUUCUGGGUUAUAGCUGGCAAAUCCCAAAAGUGCUGCAAUAAUUAAUGCCUUUUCUUCUGUCAAAUUCCUGAAGUAUUAAAGGCAGAAUACAUUAACUCUUGUAAGCAAAACGAAGUAUUGAGAGGUAAUCCUUUAGUGUAAGUAUAUAACCAAAAUAAUGGAAAACAGAUAUUUGAGGCAAUACAGAAGUGAAGAGUUCCAGGAAGAAGAUGUGUGGGCAGUGAUCAAGGAGGAGAGCGAAACCGGCUUCAAGAUUGGUGAAUCCAACGGCUGUCCAAGAACUCCACACUCGUUCUCAAGACGCCUUCCAAGUGCAGCAAGAAUGAUUCCAGGAUCUCAGAAACAUCAACACAUUGAUAAUAGUAAAAAGUUGGAAUUGGUGCAGAGUUCAGCCCCUGUCAACGUUCCUGACUGGUCUAAAAUCUAUGGCAAAAGUCCAAUAGAGAAGAAUAAUGGAAGCAGUUCUUCAUUUCUUGCUCGUAAUCGUGAAUCCAAUGAUUAUUAUCUCGUACGUGAUGCUGCAGGGAGUGGUGGGGAUGACGAGGACUAUGAGGGUUAUGAGAAUGAUAAUGAUGGUGAUGGCGAAUUGCCUCCGCAUGAAUGGUUGGCUAAGAAGCUUGCUAGGAGUCAGAUUUCUUCAUUUUCUGUUUGUGAAGGUGUUGGGAGAACACUCAAAGGGAGGGAUCUCAGCAGGGUGAGGAAUGCUAUUUUGUCAAAAACUGGGUUUCUUUGAUUUGUGUCAAUUUAUGCACGUCUUAUGUAUGCAUCAGGUAGUAGUAAUUUGUAUCUUCGGCAAUGUUUUUGUAUAGUUGGGUAGAUUUUGAUACAUUUCUUUCUAGUUCAAAUCUAUAAAUCAAACUGCAAAUUUUGUAUGAUUCAGAAUUUUGAUUAUGCUCAUGAAAAAGUGUUAGUGUUGCAUCACUUAAUAUAAUAAUGUAUUUUACAAUAGGAUUUGUUUCGUGUAAUGAACCAUGGUAUUGGUAUGUAGGAUUUAUUGAGAACGUUUUGUGGAAGUAACAUGCACAUUACUUAUUAGUUGCGCA